AUGGGGGCGGACAGCGAUCCAGGAGCCAAUCCAGCGGUUCCGUGGAGAAAAGCGCUAUAUGUGCGACAGCCGUUUCCCGAUAACUAUGUUGACCGGCGUUUCUUGGAGGAGUUACAGCGGAACAUCCGCGUACGUCAGUACUGUUACUGGCCGGUGGUGCGCGAGGCUGGGCUCGUGGCUCAGCAGGUGUCCUGCGUUGCUGUUUUCGUCACGCUGUGGUCAUAUAUGGAGCUGGGAGAACUGCUUCCAUCCACUCUGCUCUGGGCUAGCCUUGGGUGUGCCUUUCUGGGGUAUGGACUGUAUGAAGCCCUGGGAAGAACCAGCAGUCAGGCGCGCACACGUCUGACAGAUCUCCAGAGCGCAGCCAUCUUCCUGGCUUUCACUUUCGGGUUCUCCCCCAUUUUAAAGACCCUGACGGAGUCUGUGAGCACAGACACAGUGUACGCUAUGUCAGCACUGAUGUUCCUGGCACACUUGGUGUCAUUUCCCUAUGCUCAACCCAGCCCGCCUGGGAGCCUGUCUCUGAAUGCUGCCCUUUUCGGUUCCGUCUGCCUGGCAUCGCGCCUGCCCGGCGCCCUGCACACCUUCACCAUGCUCACCUGUGCCCUUCUGGUGUUUGCUCUCUGGCCCUGUCUUCUGCAUCGCCUCAGGGAGUGGGCUGAGUGGAGCUUCCCUGGGGCGGCUGGGCUGGUGUGUGUGGGUGGGGUAAGCGGUCUAGCCACCCUGUGGCCUGGAGGAGCUUUCCUUCUCUCUGUGGCCCUAAUGACAUUAAUCUUUCUGUGCCCUCUGCUGCUGUUGCGCCUACAGAGGCAUAAAGACAACAUCCACGGGCCCUGGGACGAGGCGGAGAUCAGAGAGGACCUAUCCCGAUUUCUGCAGUGAUGGUGGGAGCCUGAGGAUCGGCUAAUCCCUUAUAAUCUGCACAGCCAGAUAG